AUGGACCCUACCAGGCACCCAUUCAGGGGCUCCUACUUCCGCAUGCCUUUUGGGGUAAGGCCGCCAGUCCCAGAGGCCAAGGAUGAGCGAAUGCUUGGAAGAGGACUUCCCUUGUCACAUGGUCAUGCUUUGGAAGGGGCGGCUGCUGCACCUCUUCCUGACCCUCCAUUUAGGGGCCCACAGGAUACUAGCAAUGUACUACCGUCCCUGUUUCGUGGUUUAGGCCUAGAAACACAACCAACUGUGGCCCCUGGUCGAGGUGACUUCUUAAGGGGGAGAGGUUUCCUGAAGACUGCAGCCCAAGGGGAGGGCUUUGCCCCUCAAAUUCCAGGUGUUUCCAGUCGUUACCCUUUAAAACCCCCUGAGGCUGUUCAUAAAGGUGAACAUGAGCCAGUGGGUGUUCCUCUGGGGAGAGCCAGAUUUCCGGUAAGCCCUUCAAUUUCAGAACGUCCACCUCCAUCCCUUAUUGGUAGGGGACUAGGUAGGGCUCCUGUCUCUCUGGUUCUUCCAUCCACACCUCCCAAAACAGAAAGUCCUCUAGCAGCUCCUAUUGUGACGAAAGAAGAUAAGAGGGCACCAUUAGUUAAACUAGGCUCAAAAGGCAUCCCCACUUCACUUGGGAUAAAUUUAAUCAAAAUCAUCUGCAAAAAUGAAGCAGUUUAUCAGUACCAUGUCACUUUCACACCCAAUGUGGAGUGCCGCGGUAUGCGCUUUGGCAUGUUAAAAGAACACCGCUCAGUGACGGGACAAGUUUCAGCUUUUGAUGGUGCUAUUCUCUUCCUACCAGUCAAACUUUCUCAGACUGUCGAGCUUGAGAGCGAACGCCGAACUGAUGGACAGAAGAUAAAACUUACAAUACAAAUGACAAAAAUCUUGGAUCCCAGCUCAGAUUUGUGCAUUCCUUUCUAUAAUGUGGUUGUAAGAAAGGUGAUGAAAAUUCUGGACAUGAAACUGGUUGGGCGAAAUUUCUAUGACCCUUCAAGUGCCACAGUGCUACAUCAAUAUAGACUGCAGGUGUGGCCGGGAUAUGCAGCAAGCAUACGCAGGACGGAUGGCGGCCUGUUUCUUUUAGCAGAAAUCACCCACAAGAUUAUCCGAAAUGACUCUGUGCUGGACAUCAUGCACCUGUUGUAUCAGCAAGGCCGGGAGAACUUUCAGGAUCAAGUUACAAAAGAGUUGGUUGGGAGCAUUGUGAUCACUAGGUACAAUAACCGCACAUACCGCAUUGAUGACAUUGAGUGGAACAAAUCCCCAAAGGAUGUCUUCACUUUGGCAGAUGGCACAAAUAUUAGCUUCCUGGAAUACUACAGUAAAAACUACGGUAUUACAGUCAAAGAAGUAGACCAGCCACUUCUACUGCAUAGACCCAAUGAAAAUAAAGAUAAGCAGAGCAAGAAGCCAGGUUUGAUUCUCCUCCUUCCAGAACUGUCUUUCAUGACGGGCAUCCCCGAAACAAUGAAAAAAGACUUUCGGGCCAUGAAGGAUGUUACCCAGCAGAUCCAUCUGAGCCCCCGAGAGCACUACAUCUCCCUUGGAAAACUGGUAAAAAGAAUUCAAAGCAGCGAGGAAGCACAAACUGAGUUACAGAGAUGGGGCCUCCAAAUAGACUUGGACAUACAUAUGACAACUGGCAGGAUUUUGCCCAGGGAGAAAAUUAACCUGAAAAGAAACUCGUUCCCAACUGGAGAUGACCUCAACUGGAGCAGAGAGGUGACUCGUGAGCCUUCUAUUGCAACUGUUAAUCUGCAGUACUGGGUAGUGAUAUACCCUAAACGUGCCGUAUCUCAAGCUCGGGAACUCACAAGUAUGUUUGAGAAGAUUGCAGGUCCUAUUGGUUUGCGUGUAAACCAGCCCAACUCCAUUGAGCUGAGAGAUGACCGUGUAGAGACCUAUGCACGAAGUAUCAGGUCACUGAUUGAGGGAGAGGCAAAGGUGCAGCUGCUUUUGGUGAUUAUAUCUGGAACAAGAGAUGACCUCUAUGGUGCCAUAAAAAAGCUGUGUUGUGUGAAGUCCCCAGUUCCAUCACAGGUAGUGAACUUGAGAACAAUAUCUAACCCAACAAAACUGAGGAGCAUUGCACAGAAAAUCCUACUGCAGAUCAACUGCAAGCUAGGGGGAGAACUGUGGGGGGUGGAUAUUCCACUGAAAAAUCUAAUGGUUGUUGGGAUGGACGUCUACCAUGAUGCCAGCCAAGGUCGGCGCUCGGUGACAGGCUUUGUGGCAAGCACAAAUCAUUGCCUGACGCGCUGGUACUCCCGCGUAGUCUUCCAGCUUCCUCAUCAGGAGAUUGUAGAUGGCUUAAAGCUGUGCCUGGUGGCUGCCCUGCAAAAGUACCAUGAGACUGGGAGGUACUCUAGGGCUUCUUGCAAUGAUCUGCCGGUGCGCUGGAAGAUCUCGGAGGACAUCGAUAGCCUGCGCAUCGUCCGGGCCCUUCCUGCGUCCCUGUACUCACUCCGCGCCCCGCUGAAGAAUGGACAGCUGAACACAGUUCAGAAUUAUGAGAUUCCCCAGCUACAGACUUGUUUCAGCACAUUUGAAGAUUAUUCCCCUCGUAUGGUUGUGAUUGUGGUGCAGAAGAGGGUCAGCACUAACAUGUACUGCUCCAGUUCUGGAGAAUUUGUCACUCCUGCACCAGGCACCAUCAUGGACCACACAGUCACCAGUCGUGAUUGGGUGGACUUCUACCUGCUCUCUCAUCAUGUCAGGCAGGGUUGUGGUGUUCCCACUCACUAUAUAUGUCUGAUGAAUACUGCAAACCUCAGUCCUGACCAUCUACAGAGGUUGACUUUCAAAUUGUGCCACAUGUACUGGAACUGGCCUGGAACAAUUCGUGUGCCGGCCCCUUGCAAAUAUGCCCAUAAGCUGGCCUUCCUGUCUGGCGAGUUCCUUCACCAGGAGCCUUCCAUUCUGCUGUGCGACAAGCUCUUCUUUCUUUGAGCCCGGGUGUU